CCCAAAUCAAGUCUUAUUCGACCCUUUCUUGACUUGAUAUUAAAUCGAUUCCACGAAUGAAUGCCGAAAGCGAGACGUUGACGACUUCUGGGGCUGAAAGGGGUCACCGGGCGGCCAUGGCGGUUACACUGCACGGAGCUUCUGCCUACAAACGCAGUUUCGAUCAGACCAAAGACCAUGUGAAACCGACAGACAGAAUCGUAAUUGAGCUGUCGGAUUCCGAAGACGAAACGCCUUCAAUUCCCCUCCCUAAGCGUCAGAAAUCCCAGACGCCCGCAGCAGACGGUCCCGAACCUCGUCGCGUACUUCCACAGUCGCGUCCACAAUCCCAAGAUGCCAAGACUUAUCGCCACGCGACUCCUCCAGCAUCGGCUGCGUCACGUGCUCAACAGCAGGACGGACCGUCAAAAAGUACACCCAAACGCUCCCCGUGGAAGAAGCUUUCAAGAUACUCACUGUCAAACGACGCGUUCGCCGAUCUAAGAAGCGAGUCCCCCAGUCCUUCUGACGCUCCUGAACAAGAGCAGAUCACGUCGUCCUUCCCGACACGGACUAGAGUGCGGUCGGAAACUCAUGGAUCCAGUUCCGUCUUCGACCACGUGAAGGCCGGUGGACCUUCUACCAAGAGAAUACCUUCCUCUCUAGAGCCCCGAAUCCAUGCCACACGGCCACGGCGAGAUGAGAUCGACCGCCCCAAGCGUGUCACUCGAUCCGACCGUGGCUCAGUUGUCAGGUCGGAAGAAAGGAAGAGAUCGGCGAGUAGCCAAGGAAAAGACACGCUCUCCCGUCAUAUUCGGACAGGCAAGAGCUCCUCCUUGAACAGGUUCUCGAUCGAUAUUCGGCGACCAACUUCGGAUACCGACGUGGCUACCUCGCAGCAAGGACGUAAACGUCUACCAAAGAUUGAAGUUGUGAUUGACUCUCAACGCAAAGACCUCCUCCGACAGUUUCAGGCUCCUUUACCAAAGUCUAGAGCUCAGCUGAGCGCAGAGAAGAAUGCGGUUUUGGCACAGCUCGAGCAGUCUACCAAGUUGGCCCAUGAGAAACCGGAACUAGUAGAGAGACAUUUCGGAACAACGGGAUUCUCGGCGGUGUUCAGUGUCGAUGAGGACGUCGAGUUUAUGCGGGGCGCGGCGUCCAAGAAGAAGAAGAAGGCAAACCGCAACAAUAUCAAAUUGGAGAUCGAUUCUCUUUGCGUGCCGCUUGACCAACUUUCUCUCAAAACUAGCUUCAUCCAUCCCGCCCGCACUGCGCGAAAGAUUCUCAUCAGCCGCUUUGAAGAAAGAUUAAACCCACCUUUGACUUUUGCCAACGACAUCAACGAUAGACGACUUCCUGGUAAAUUCCAGUUUAUCGACCACUAUAUCAUCAGCCCCAAGGUCAAGAUGGCACCACCCUCGACGAACUCUGGCUGCGACUGCAGGAAUUGCGCAUUAUCCACCUGUCAAUGCUUGACUAAGGAAGUCGACGGACGUGAGACCCAGGUAGAAAUCUACGCCCGCCGACCUGACGGAAUCGUCGUUCUAUCAGACGAUUAUAUUAAUCAGGCUCUAGGAGAUGGAAAUGAGCGCCAGGAAAUAACGGAAUGUAACGAGCAUUGCGGGUGUGGCGAUGACUGCUGGAAUCGGGUCGUGUGUAAGGGACGCACUAUUCCUCUCGAAGUCUUUCAGACCAAGAAUUGCGGCUUUGGAGUCCGCUCGUCGAAAGAUAUUGUCAAAGGCCAAUUUAUCCAACGAUACCUCGGCGAGGUCAUAACCGAUCCCGAGUUGGAGCAGCGCGAAGACGCGGCAGAAGAGCAACAACCUAGCUAUGUCUAUACGCUGGACUGGUUCGGGAACAAGGAGCCCUACUACGUGGACGGCGAAUACUUUGGGUCUGCCAUGCGAUUUGUCAAUCACAGCUGCAAUCCAAAUACCCUGUGUGUAACUGUGCAGACCCACAGAAAGGAUAAGAGGGUGUAUGACCUCGCCUUCUUCGCAACCAAGGAUAUCAAGGCCGGCGAGGAGAUAUGCGUCUCGUAUAAAAACGAUGGUUCAUCCGACGUCGAGCAGAUCUCGGAGGAUUUGGUGAAGUGCCAAUGUGGAGAAGACAAUUGUCGAGGAAUCCUGUGGAAACCAAGCAAGAAGACCAGACGCCGAAGGAGACGACAAGAAUAAGGGGUUCUUACGUUCGACGUGGGAAUGUAAUAGGUCGAAGGUUAGGGCUGAGAGGAGAUGGGAUAUGCCAAGGCUGUCGACGGCAUUGCCAGAUGCUACUAAUGUACACGUGUCGGCAGGUUGAUUCGCGGCCCAAUUACACCGGACGUUUUGAUACGCCUUGGGAGCUACUAUAUCAGCCAAUCGUCGAGAAGGACAACGCAGUUGCUGUUAUGGUGUCACGGUGUCACCCCAAAAGGCGCAGAGCAAACCAUAUAUUGAUCGACACCUGGAUUGGAUUCUCGUGGGCACAGACUGUGUGUGCGUAUGGGACUCUGCUAGUGUCCUGUUUCCCACACCAUGAACGAUACCCCUGGAUGUGACUGGGUGGAUGAAUGGACCCGUGAGCUUGGAAUAGCUGUGUGUUUGGGAGGACGCGUAGCCAGGUUCUCAAAAGGAGAGAAAAUGUACCACUACCACCAACAGGGAGGAAAAGGCGUUACUCACAUGAGCGUAGCAUUCUAACGGACUAGCAAGCAAUGUCGACUUUGGAUGAAACGAAAUGGAAUGAUAUGAAUAAAUGAACUAGAAAGAGACAGAGGCCGGAACUGGACCAGGAUUGUCAUAU